ACAAACAAACCACUGUCUCGGAGUCGUCUCUCUCUCUCUCUGCUAACAUUUGGUUAGGCCUCUCAUCCUCUACGGUUUCUGUACCUUCGCUACUUUGCACUUUGCACACAAAACCUUCUCCUCCCCCUUUCUUCUCUCUCCCUCUUCCUCCGCCGGUGGCUAAACCCUUGCAAAGUAUUUGGUUGAGACGGUAUGUCUGGGCUUUACAAUCCCAACUUCUCCCCUGCGAGGGCUGCUUCUCCCCAGAUUAGAAGCGCCCCAGAUGUUGACAGCAACCAGUAUUUGUCAGAGCUGCUGGCUGAGUAUCAAAAGCUGGGCCCUUUUAUGCAAGUGCUUCCGAUCUCUACCAGGCUCCUGAAUCAAGAGAUCUUACGGGUCACUGGAAUGGUACCGAAUCAAGGCUUCGGUGAACUUGAGCGACUAAGGCAUAGAAGUCCCAGUCCAAUGGCUUCAUCAAAUUUUUUACCUAGUGUUGCUGGGACAGGAUUACCUGGCUGGAACGGACUUCCUCAUGAGAGACUUAGUGGGCCUCCUGGGAUGACAAUGGACUGGCAAGGAGCACCAGCAAGCCCCAGUUCAUUCACAGUCAAAAGGAUUUUGCGGUUAGAAAUUCCUGUGGAUGUAUAUCCAAAUUUCAAUUUUGUUGGGCGCCUUUUGGGGCCUAGAGGGAAUUCGUUGAAAAGGGUUGAAGCCACUACUGGAUGCCGUGUAUAUAUCAGAGGAAGAGGUUCAAUAAAGGAUCCAGAUAAGGAGGAGAGUCUACGAGGACGACCUGGCUAUGAGCACCUUAACGAGCCACUUCAUAUACUAAUUGAGGCUGAUUUACCAGCAAACAUUGUUGACAUCAAACUUAAGCAUGCACAGGAGAUCAUUGAAGAAUUGCUAAAGCCUGUGGAUGAGUCUCAGGAUUAUAUUAAGAGACAGCAGCUGCGUGAACUAGCCAUGUUAAAUUCCAACUUUAGGGAAGAGAGCCCUGGACCGAGUGGGAGCGUCUCUCCAUUCAAUACUACUGGAAUGAAACGUGCAAAAACAGGACGUUGAGAUAUUAUGUCAGUAUAAUAUCUGAAGAUAUUCACUUAUGCGAUUGGAGAGUCAUACGUGUCUAUCCGUUCAAAGCACAUGAUAACCUUGCCUUGU